CAUCUACAGAGUGAACGUCACAAAGCUUUCUGUAAAAGUGAGGAGUACUCUGCUGUGGACAGGCUGGUUUCAGCUUUACGCUUCAGCUUCAUCCCCAUCCAAACUGAAGUCACCAGCAGAGCAGCGUGCAACACUUCCUCUGUUCCUGCUCCUGAACCAUCUGGAGGAGGUGCUGUAGGACACAGAGGAGGUGCUGUAGGACGUGGAGGUGCUGUAGGACACGGAGGAG